AUGUCUCAAUCUUCCGGUUCCGCUCAGAUCAAAAACAAAAUUGCUGAUACUGUGAAAACAAGAUCAAAGUCUAAGAAGGAAGGAACAACUGUUGUGGUAGAUGCGAUGCCUUUAUCAAGUAUUCCUGCAACUACUUCUAAAAAGAAGAAAUCUGCAAAAUCGUCUAAGAAAGUAAGUGAAUCGUCUCCCUCUAUUAAGUCUGAUUCUAUUAAGCCUAAGAAGAAGAAACCCCAAUCUCCUGUAAAAAGGGGUUUAAGCAUGUCUGAUCUGUACUUAAGUAAGAACUUGUCUGAAACGGCGAAUGUGGAAUCGCAUGAUGUUGCCUCCGGCAAAAAUGCGAAUGUUGAAUCGUCUGUUAAGUCUGUGUCUGAAAAGGUGAAUCAAGAAAACCCUACUGUAGAGGAAAACCCUAGUUUUGUUGAAACCCUAGGAAAAACUCAAAAUAUUGCUGAGAAUGUUGGUGUGAACAAUAAUCCGAGUGUUCCUGAGAAUAUGACAGUUCUCACGAAUGUCAUAACUGAUGUUACUGAAAAAUCUCAAGAAAAGGCUGUUGUAACCGAUGCUCCAACCGGUGUUGAACCAUCCUCUAUACCAACUGAUGCUGAGAAGGAUGUUGAAGCAUCCAAAGGAGGAUCUAGCCCACAUGCUAACACUGCCACUGGGUCGUUUGGUAGUGGAUCUAAUACUGAAGCUUCCACUGAAGAGGAAGUAAACAAAGAAAGUACCCCUGAGGAUGUGGCUGAUUCUGAGCCAGAGAAUGAAGCUGGUGAGGAAUCUGAGAAAACCACAAAUGAAGAACAGGACAUAGUGGAUGUUGAUGAAGUCCCCUCUGAAGAAGAUCUGCAACCUCCACCUACUCAGAAAGGAAUUGGGAGAAGACUGAGAAGCAGGACCACUACACCUGCACCUGCUGUUACCACUACCCCUGUUGUCACCAAGAACUCAAAGGACACUACUCUGAAGCCUGUCAAGUAUGGUCCUAAGAAAGGAUGGAGCAAGCCUAUACCUCCUCCUGAAAAGAAUAAGGGUGUGCUGAAAAGGAAGAGUGCACCAUCAAGUGACUCUGAAUUUGAAGCUGAAAAGGAUGCCUCAAGCAUCAAGCCUCCUGCUAAGAAGGCUAUGUCUGCUAAGAAGGCCAUGCCUCAAUUUGUUGCUCCUGACAUUGAAGACUUUCCUUGCAAAGAUAUUCUGGAAUGUGAAGAGAUUGUAAGUUUGAUCAAUGAUGCUGGAUUGAUCAAAACUGUGUGGGGCUUAGGCUCCUGCUAUGAAAAGCUGGUUAGGGAGUUUGUUGUCAACAUUCCUAUAGGUUGUGACAAUCCCUUGGAUAAGGAGUUUCAGAAAGUCUUUGUUCGAGGAAAAUGUGUUACUUUCUCCCCAAGUGUGAUAAACAGGUUCCUGGGUAACUCUGAUGAGCCACACCCUGAUAUAGAUGUGUCUGAUAAUGUGGUCUGCAGAACCAUCACAGCUGAUAAAGUGAAAACCUGGCCCAAGAAGAAGAAGGUCCCUACUACACAUGCAUCCGACAUUGCAACAAAUCUGGGUAAGCUCAUUUAUAUGAUUGGUACUGGUACUAAGUUUAAUGCUGGUCUAUAUAUUUUCAAUCAAGUUGUGCAGCAUGCCAAGACCUCUGUCACCAAGCAACCCAUUGCAUUUCCAACCCUAAUCUGUGACAUCAUCUUGUCCCAACAUCCGAAUAUAAGGCAUGAGGAUGAGUCUGCUAAGAAAAGGGCAACUCCUCUGGCCAUUCAUCAGAAGCUGUACAGUAAACAGCAUGCGCCAGAUAUUGUUGGACCAUCCAAUGCUGCUGCUGACACUCCUAUGACAAGGAAGGAGAUGAUUGCUAUGCUGGAAGCUAACUGUAAGGAGCUAGAUGAAAAGAAGUUGCAGUUUGAAAGGAUGAUACAUGCUCUCAGGGUUGAAGAGGCUGCAGCUCAAGCAGCUGAUGCAGAUGAUGAUGGCUCUAGUGGUGAAGAAGAAGCUGACACAGAUGUUGAAGGAGAAGAAAAUGAUUCAUCUCCAAGUGCUUCUGUGUAA